AUGGACUACAUAUCAAGUUUUGAUAUUAGGCUUAAUAAGGACGUCUACUAUGCUGGCGAGACGAUCAGUGGUAGCGUGCUUCUGGAGAAUACAGAGAACAUCAAGAUACGUGGAAUUCGGGUUUUGUUGAGAGGAAAAGUUCAUGCGACACUGAAAGUUGUGAAAUCUGGAGAGAGGAGAACACUCAAAGAUGAUCAGUAUGUGUUGGAUGAGAAACAGUUGUUAUGGGGAAAAGACAAAAACGACGAGUCAGACAGUGUUCCGAUACUUGCACGUGGAGUUCAUCAGUUUUCAUUCAAUUUUGAUCUACCACAAUCUUCUCUGCCAUGCUCUUUGGAAAGCAGGCAUUGUACUAUUCGAUAUUAUUUUAAAGUUAUAAUCGAUAUUCCGUAUGCAUCAUCACCCCAGGGAAUCAAGUAUUUCACAAUUAUUGGACCACAUAUCGACAGUAUGGAAGAGAAAUAUCUGAGCCCGUUGACAGCUCAAGAUCGAAAAGUGAACUGUUGCUGGUGUUGCCAACGAGGAGCACUGGCACUACGAAUCAUUCUGGAACGGACGGCGUACGUGUGUGGAGAGAACAUCCGUGUCCGAGCGCAGAUUGAGAAUCGCCAGUCAUCUGCUCAAAGUCUCGUUAUCCGUCUUGUGCAGCACGUCGAGGUUUUCGUUGAGAAGGGACUACUGGGAGAGAAUAAAAUGAUGUCAUGUGUGGUGUUCGAGCACAAGUCACCUGCCAUCGCUGCCAACUCUCAAGGAAAAUAUGAUUCCACAUUGGAACAACCAAUCCGUCUACCUGUCGUCCCUCCAACACUCGUCGGAGUUUGCCGUCUAAUUCAGAUUUAUUACGUUCUCAGAGUUUGUAUGGAAGAUGAAAAAGGAAAUGAAUGCCUUCAUCUCGACUUCCCACUGACAGUUGCCACACUUCCAUACCGUAUUCCAAAUGCUCCGCCUCCACCUGUGGAUUACGACUUCUGCUCAAACCACGUUGAAGGAGGGAAGUAUGUGUCACCGGAAUUCCGAUUAGGACAGGUUUAUGAUGGAGAAGGAGAGGAAAUUAAUAAGGAGGAGGAGAUUGUAUUAUAUCGACCGGUAUAUGUAAAGUUGGCCGAUCGAAGAAUUGGAUCACCACAUGUUACAAAAGAUUUUAGAUCUGGAUCGUUUACUCGAAUCGCCGACUCAAGUUUGGCAUUGGUAACCGAGCCGAAUGGAUCUCGUCGACGAAGUAUUGUGAUUGCAUCGAAUCCGUGUCUGGCCAUGAGAGAUGAGUCGAUGGAUGAGAAGCUAAUGAUGACUGGGUUGAAUGGAAGCAAUUCGGAAGGCGAUCCUCUUGUAGCUUGA